AUGACUCUAACCCUACGAUAACAUUGCUCUCGUUCACUUUAACACCGAGUUUUCUUCCGUUAUCAGCAUUUCAAACCAUUGAGUCAAUCACUAUACAUAUUGUUGCAACUAAAACUUUGUAGUUAGUCAGUAAUACAUCGGACGUGCUUACGUUUAAAGCAGUGCUUCGCUAACAAGAAAAAUGUCUUUUUUUAUCAUUUUAUUUCUUAUAAUCAUACUGCUGAUAUUCUCGGCCGACCGAAUACGGGCAAUCUAUUUGUCUUGGUUUAUCAACGGACCAAUAGCGUUACCGGUGAUUGGAAAUGGAAUGUUGGCAUUAAAUAAAACGCCAGAAGAAAAUUUUCAGUUGGUUCUUUAUCUAGACAAACAUUAUGGCAAGUUAUAUCGAGCAUGGGCCGGAUCACAAUUGAUGAUAGUAAUGAGCCAUCCGAAAUAUACGGAGACAAUUUUAAGCAGCUCCAAACACAUAACCAAAUCAUGUGAAUACAAUAUGCUAAGUCACUGGAUGAAAGAGGGCCUUCUAUUGAGUAAAGGUAAAAAGUGGCUGCAGCGAAGAAAAAUCCUAACGCCAGCCUUUCACUUUUCAAUACUUGAAGAGUAUGUGGACUGUUUCGAUACUCAAAGCAGUAUUUUGGUCAAUAAGCUAAAGAACUAUGAGCCCAACGAAAAAAUCGAAUUUCAUCCGUUAAUCACACUGUGUGCUUUGGACGUCAUAUGCGAAACAACAAUGGGAACGUCUCUGAAUGCUCAGUCUGGCGAUUCAGCAUAUGCCACCGCAGUUAAAGACAUUGCCAAUUCAAUGGUUACUCGAUUCUUCAACGUUUUGCUGCGACUCGAUGUUAUAUGGGGAUUGUCGCCGCAACAUCGAAUGCAGCGUAAUAUUCUGAAAGUCCUACAUCAGUUCACUGAAAAUGUUAUUAAGGAACGUCGAUCGAAACUUGAUGGACUGGUCAACAACAAUUCGGUCGAGAGUAUCAACGACGUUGGAAUAAAGCAGAAAAAAGCAUUCAUCGACAUUUUGCUGAAUUCGACCAUAGAUGGUAAACCGCUCAGUGAUAUUGAUAUCAGAGAGGAAGUGGACACGUUUAUGUUCGAGGGUCACGAUACAACCACCAGUUGCUUACUUUUCUCACUGUACAACAUUGCGAAGAAACCGGAAGUGCAGCAAAAGUGUUUCGAUGAAAUUAGAGACAUUUUCGGCAAUGACAAAACGAGACCUACUGAAAUGAAGGAUUUGAAUGAUUUGCAUUAUUUGGAACUAGUGAUCAAGGAAACACUCAGAUUGUAUCCAUCAGUUCCUCUCAUCGGACGACAUAUUACCGAAGAAGUUGAGCUCUACGAUGGUACUAUCAUUCCAAAAGACGCUGACGUGAUCAUUAACCUAUUUAGUAUGGGCAGAGACAGUACAUUAUAUUCGAAUCCGGAUGAUUUUCAACCGGAACGAUUUGAAUUGGACGUGGAAAAAUUGAGCCACUUUUCGUAUACACCAUUCAGUGCCGGACCCAGAAACUGUAUCGGACAAAAGUUUGCAGUAUUGGAAAUGAAGUCAGUCAUUGCGAAAAUACUACGAAAUUUCGAAAUUCGUCUGGCUGAUGAUACGUUAAACGCACCGCUUAUUCUAUCCGCCGAAUUGGUGUUAAUAGCGAAAAAUCCAUUGAACUUCCACAUUCAGCCGCGCAAUUAUGGAUGAAUGGCCAGCGGAUUCGGUGAAUAAAAUUUUGAUUUUUCGAUUUUUCUUUAAACUGUCGAUACGGGGGAAUAAAACAGCGGGAAUUUUUAACCGAUUUUAUGAUGUAAUUUCAAAUAAUAUACAAAUGAUGCGUA